AUGGACGACGUAGAUCUCGAGAAGUCGCAGUCUCGGCCUGCAGGUGGCAUUCGCUGGGAUGAGGAGAAUCGACGCUCGCUCUCCCAGCGCCCGAAUGCGCUCCGCCGCACCCGAUCGAACAGCUCCAUGUCUAUCCGCAGUGUGCGCUCCCGUCGUGAGGUUGACCCCGCUGUCGCGCUCCCUAUUCAGUACCGGACUGUCUCGUUCGGAAUCGAGCAGACCAAGGCCAAGGACGAAGCCCCUCUGGCGAAAGCAAAAGAUGCUACGACUGCAGAAUUGUCCUCGCUCGAAUGGCACACCAUCACCACCGAUGAGGCCCUCCGCCGGCUCAGCUCGACUCCAAACCAGGGCCUUUCCGAUGAUCAGGUCGCUCGCAAGUUCAAAGAGUUUGGCAAGAACGCCCCGUCGCCCCCUAAAUCCCGCCGCCUUCAAAAGUACAUCGGUUACAUGACGACUGGAUUCAGUCCCAUUCUCGUUCUCGGUGCUGUCCUUGUCUUUAUAUCUUGGAAACCCCUAGGGGAGCCGAAUCCGGCCGUGGCCAACCUGGCUCUUGCAAUCGUCCUUGUCGGUGUAUGGCUCAUCAACGUGGCGUUUCAGACCUGGCAGGACUGGAGUUCGUCCAAAGUUAUGAGUAGCAUCAAGAACAUGCUUCCAGAAGACACGCUCGUGAUCAGAAACGGCACUCAAAUUUCUCUCGGCGCGCCCGAGCUGGUUCCCGGCGACAUCGUGUGCGUCAAGGCCGGCAACAAGCUUCCCGCAGAUCUGCGCUUCCUCCAAGUCUCGACUGAUGCCAAGUUCGACCGAUCUAUCCUGACUGGCGAGUCGCUUCCCCUUGCUGCCACCAUUGACUCGACAGAUCAGAACUACCUCGAAACCCGCAACAUCGGUCUCCAGGGCACACACUGUGUCUCAGGCAACUGUCUUGGCUUGGUUGUUUCCACAGGUGACCGGACUGUGUUCGGCCGCAUCGCCAACCUGACCAACACCCCCCAGACCGGCUUGACCACUCUCGAGAAGGAAGUUCUCCACUUUGUCAUAAUGAUCUGCACUCUCAUGUUCGCCAUGGUUGCCAUCGUCCUGAUUUGCUGGGGCGCCUGGCUUCGCAAGGACCACCCCGACUGGAUCUCGAUUCCUGUUCUGAUCGUCAGCUGUGUCAGCGUUGCCAUUGCCUUCAUCCCAGAAGGCCUGCCCAUCGCUGUCACAUCUGGCCUCACGAUCACAGCCAACAUUAUGCGCAAGAACAAGGUCCUCUGCAAGUCUUUGAAGACUGUGGAAACUCUUGGCUCGGUAUCUGUCAUUUGUUCUGACAAGACUGGCACUCUAACACAGAACCGUAUGACGGUCACCGAAUGCAAUAUCGGCAACAAGGCGCUGGCAGCGGCUGAUGCCGCAAAAGACCUGCAAGAAUCGACAGACACUUCUGGUAGCGGCGUUAGCCAGCUGCGUAUUCUCUCUGCUCUUUGCAACGGUGCCGAGUUCGAUGCUGCUAGCAUGAGCAAGCCCAUCGAAGAGCGUCUCGUUCACGGCGAUGCCACUGACCAGGCUAUCAUCCGCUUCUCCGAGGGCCUGGGCUCAGUCAGUCAGGUCCGACAGUGCUGGCAGAAAACCUACGAGCUCGCCUUCAAUAGCAAGAACAAAUUCAUGAUUCGGUCGUUCUCCAUGUUCCGCCGCGACGUCCUUGGACAGACCCUAUCUGAGGUGGAAGCAAGCUCCUGGCAAGGCAAUGACACACUCUUGACGAUAAAGGGUGCCCCGGAUGUUCUGAUUGGCAGGUGCGGGUACUAUACCACCAGCUCCGGUGAGACCAAGCCUUUCGACGCCGACAUUCGCGCUUCCUUUGAGAACCAGAAAAACCUAUGGAGUAGCCAAGGCAAGCGCUGCAUUCUGCUCGCUCGCAAGAUUGUCCGCCAAUCUAGCAUCAAGAACCACACUGGCACUAGUGGUUUCGAGGACGAGAUGAACGAACAUUCCAAGUCUGGGUUGACCCUCGUCGGCCUUGUCGCUAUUGUCGAUCCACUGCGGCCCGAAAUUCGCGAGGUCGUCGAAACUCUCCGAGGUGCUGGGAUUCGGAUUUUCAUGGUCACGGGCGAUUUUGCGCUCACUGCUCUGGCCAUUGCCCAAGAUGCUGGGAUUGUGAGAACACCAACGCCGCUUGUCGAUGAUGUGACUGCCCUACCACGCGAAGCUCCCACGGACUCCAGCAGUGAUAGCGAGAGUCACAAGUGUGUCCGCACCUCGCUUGUCAUCUCCGGACCCGAACUCAUAACACUGAACGAGCACCAGUGGAAAGCCUUGACCCAGUACGAAGAGAUCGUCUUCGCUCGGACCACCCCCGAGCAGAAAUUGCGUAUCGUCAACGAGUUCCAAGCAAGUUCCGGAAUUGUCGCCAUGACCGGCGAUGGUGUCAACGAUGCGCCGUCUCUCAAGGCUGCCGAUGUCGGCAUAGCCAUGGCUAGUGGCUCUGACAUUGCCAUCGAAGCUGCUGACAUGGUUCUACUUGAGUCAUUCUCCUCCAUUGUCGAGGCUGUGAAGUACGGCCGUGUCGUCUUCGAUAACCUCAAGAAGGUCAUCUGCUACCUGCUACCUGCCGGUUCCUUCGCAGAGUUCUGGCCUGUAAUGACCAGCGUCCUUUUCGGUCUACCGCAGAUCCUGUCAUCGUUCCUGAUGAUUAUCAUCUGCUGCUUCACUGACUGCGCUGCUGCCACUGUCCUUUCGUACGAGCAGCCCGAGGCUGACGUCCUGCUUCGGAAGCCCCGCAACGUCAAGACCGAUCGUCUGGUCAACUGGCAGCUUGGUAUCCACGCUUAUGGCUUCGUCGGUGUCUUCAUGACUUUCACCUCAUUUGCCAUGUCGUACUGGUAUCUCGAGCGUCGCGGUAUCCCUUUUUCAGUUCUCUGGCUGUCCUACGGUGUGCUGCCCGAUUCGAUCGACCAAGACUACUACAACCAGUGCUUAUACGAGGCUUCUUCGGUGUACUUCAUCAACCUUGUCGUCAUGCAAUGGUUCAACCUCAUGGCCAUCCGCACUCGCAAGUGGUCUAUCUUCCAACACCCCCCCUUGUUCAACCCGAAGACCCAGAAUUGGUAUCUCUUCCCUGCUAUCGGCUUCGCCAUCGUGAUGGCCAUAUUGUGGCUUUAUAUUCCACAACUCCAGGACACUCUUGGCCUUGCUCCGGCGCCUGUGGAGUACUGGUUUCUUCCAAUGGCAUACGGAGCCUUCUUGUUGAUUUCCGACGAGACCCGGAAGUACUUUAUCAGAAGCCGGCCCAAUGGAUUCCUGGCCAAGAUGGCUUGGUGA